AUGUAAGAAUAAUUAGAUAAUAUUGAUGUUCUUUAAAAACUAUAUUCAGUUUAAGGUAAUACUUGUGAAGAAAUCAUUUCAAAUUUUAAAAUACAAUAAAAAUAACAUCUAACCAAAUUAUUUAAAUAUAUUUCUAAGGAAAAUGAAUUAGAUUAAUUUUAAUUGAGAGGUAAUGUAAUUGGAGUUGAUAUUGAACAUACAAAUGAUAUUGGUUUUGAUGGAUAGAUUAGUAUUGUUUAACUUAAGGAUGAAGAAAAUGUUUAUAUUAUUGAUGUCAUUGAAAUUGGAUUAGAAAAUUAAUAAUUGAUUAAAGUUUUAAAGCAGAUAUUUGAAGAUGAAUAAAUAGUAAAAGUAUUUUAUGCAGGAAAUACUGAUGUUUAGUGGUUGAAAAGAGACUUUUCAAUUACUAUUCGAAAUUUUUGUGAUAUUAAAGAAAUUGCAGAUAAAUGCAAAUUAAGUAAGAUUUAUAAAUGAUAUCUAUUAUAGAAGGAGGAAGUGCUUUGAUUUAUUUAUGGAAAUUGUAUUGUGAUCAUUAAGUUUCAAAAUCUUAUAAAACAAAUAUGUAGACUUCUGAUUGGGCUGAAAGGCCUUUAACUUAAGAAUAAUUGAUUUACGCUGCUUAUGAUUGUUAUUAUUUACCAUAUUUAAGAUAUGUAUUACUUUAAGAAUUAAGUAAACUUGAUAUUAAAGAAUAAGUCAAACUUAAACGCAAAUUUGAUUAAGCUGUAACUAAAGAAUACAAAAAACCUAUUUUAUCGAAUUAAGAAUUAGCUAAAAUUAUUUAAAAAGAAUUUAAUUUAUUAAUGUAAGUAGUAAAUGAAUAUGAUGAUAAAUCUCCAAUAUAUUAAUACUUGCAAGCUCAACCAAUAGCUCUCUAAUUGGUAAAAUUUAUUGCGUUAGAAAUUAUGAAAGUAAGAUAGGAAUAUGCACUUCAUCAUAAUGAUCCGGUUGAAUGUUUAGAAGAGAAUGAAAAAGUUAUUUUAAUUGCUAUUCACAUUUAUUAAAAAUUGAAUAUUACCAAUAUUUAAAUUUAUAAGAUGAAUUAUCCUGAAUUUUAGAAUUAUAAAAAUUAAUAAUAUGAAUUGACAUUAGAAUAUAUUUCAAAAUAGAUUGAUAAAGAUUGGGAAGUUUAUUUUUAAUUAUUUUGUAAGGGUCUAUAUUAAAGCUUUAUUUAUGAUCAAAAUUUUAUUAAAUAUGGGUUAUCAUUAAUAUAUGAAGUAAUGUAAGUACCAGAAAAUAAAAAUUAACAAACCUAAUAAAAAAUUGAAGAAAAAAAAUAAAAAUAAACAGAGUUUGUUGAAAAAUAUACAAGAAAAAAACCAGCAUAUGGAAAUUGUAAAAUUUAUACAAAAGAAAAUUUCUUUUUGUGUAAUUGUGAUGAAAAGAAAAUUAGAUGGUAUUUAAAAUAAGGAUUGGCAGAUUUAAUUAGCGAAGAUCCUCCUACAAUUUAAUUAAAAUUUGAUCCAAGUGGAUUCAAAGAGGAAGGUUCAGAUAAAGCUUAGUAUAUAACAAUAGAAAGAGUAAAUUAAUGUGUAAUAUGUGGAAAAGAAAAUGAACUUCUUAAAUUUCAUAUUGUUCCAGUUAUAUAUAAAAAACAUAUCUAAGGAAAAAGAUCUUAUGAUGUUGUAUGUUUAUGUUUAACAUGUCAUCAUAAGGCAAGUGCUUUAAAUGAUAAAUUAAAAGUUUUAAUUGCAGAAAAAUAUAAUAUAAAUUUGAAAUAAAAUAAAAAAGAUUCAUUAUUAGAAUAGAUUAAAAAUUUAAUAAAAUCAGUAUAAACUUUUAAUAAGAAAAACAAAAAUUUACCAAAAGAAGCCUUUUAAAAAUUUUAGAUUUAAUUUACAAAACAAAUAGAAAAUUUAAAGAAUUAAGAAUAAUUCAACUAAAUAAAUUAAUUUGAUUUGAAUAAUUUAAAAUAUGAAGAAAAUUUAAUAAGUAUUAAUGAUAUAUAAUUUUUAAAUUUAAUUGAAUAUUUGAAGCAAAAUGAAGAAUUAUUUAAUAAAAAUGAGGAUAAUUUAGAUUAGGGUAAAUAAGUUGUAGAGAAAUUAAAAACAGAAGAAGAAAUAGAUGAAUUUUUGGUUUUUUGGAGAGAUAAUUUUUUAAGUAAGAAUUAUGUAUUUAAUUUUAGAUGAAAUGAAACCACAAUAUUUAAAUGAAGCAUGGGCAAUUGAUCACAAAUAUAAAAGAACUUUUGGAGAUAAAUCAUACUAUAAUCCAAACAAUCAAAAAUAAUAAUAAUAAUAAGAUGAGGAUUAAGAAUGA